AUGGAAAUCCGGAUUGCAACACAGAAACAGACACUGGCUGCCAGAGACGAGAGCAUAAAAAAAUUGCUGGAAAUGUUACAAAGCAAAGGUCUCGGUGUCAAGCAACUCUAUGCUGAUCGUGUGGAGAUAGAGACCUUCCGUAAUAUGGCCUUAGAAGAAGAGAAGAAGCGAAAACAGCUGGAAUCGGUGCUUGAAGAAAAAGCCAAAGAAGUUGCCAAGAUGAGGGAGGAGAAUGGAAUCUUGUCCAACCAACUGAAAAAUGCCCAGUUCCAAAUGAAGAGUUUACCUUCCAAUUCUCACACAAUGCAAGCCAUGCUUGAAGCCAAGGAUUCCAGAAUUUCUGCUUUAGAAAAAGAGGUGCAGCUUUUGGAAGAUAAACUUUUCUCAUUGCAAGAAGAUAUUUCUGUUGGGGACAAGCCAUGGAAACUGGAUUUGUCUAGCAGCAAAGAAACAAAAAGUCCUGCUGAUGCACGAGCACUAAAAAUCAAGAUUGGCCAAUUGAAUGAAAGCCUUGGUCGCAAAGAGACAGAACUUUGUGGUCUUCGACUUCAGGUGGACACAUUAGAGAAGCAAUACUCAGAACAACAGGAAUACAUUCUGGUUCUGAAGGAACAAAUUAGUGCACGUGAAAAACAAACGAGCAUCAUUGGAUCAGAAGUGGAUGAAUUACGAAAUCACCAUUUAGACAUCAAAGAAAGGAAGGUCAAUGUUUUGCAAAGGAAGAUUCAAACUUUAGAGGAUGAAUUGACUGAUAAGGAGACCCAAUUGAAAAAUGCUCAAUCACGACUGGCAACAAUCACAAUGGACUCCACAGACAGUGCCUUAUCAUCUAUGGAGGAAUCCCUCUCUGAUAAAGAAAGAUUAAUUGAUAGAUUGCGGGACCAGCGUGAACGUUUGGAACGUGAACUUACAGAAGAAAAUAAUGUUCUUCGAGAACAGAACCAACUUUAUAUUAAACAAAUUGACAGCCUCAACUUAGAAAUAACAGAUAAACAGACUCAAUUGUGUGAAUUACGAGAAGAGUCUGCUGAACUUCAUUCCCAGAAACUUAUGUCCGAUUCCAUGAUUAACCAACUGAAGAUGGAAAUGACUGAUAAUUCCAAAGAAACAGAAAUAGAGAAACUCAAAGAAGAACUUGAAAAGUUGAAAGAAGAACUUUCAGAGGCUAAUAGUGCUGCUGAUUCCCUGAAUACCAAAAAUUUGCAGGACAUUGAUUUUUACAAAGAAGAAGCAGAGAAAGCUCAGGCAGAAAUUGAAAGUUUGCAACGACAAUUGAAAGCCAUUGAAAAUGAAAAGAACAAUAAAGACAGCACGAUUAAAGAGCUUCAAGACCAUGUGAAAGAAUACAGACAAAAGAUGGGAACGUUGAAACGAAACCAACAAACAGAAAAGAAGAAAAAUGCGCAGAUGCUUGAAGAAGCCAGGAAACGAGAAGUUCUUAUGGACGGCGAUGCAUCACAGCUGAAGUCUAUCAUGCGUCAGAGAGAUGACCGUGUUGAAGAACUGGAAGAAGCUCUUCGAGAAAGUGUGAAGAUCACAGCUGAACGAGAAAUGGUCAUGGCAGAACAAGAAACAAAGAUUCAACAGACAGAAAUGAAGGUUUACGAAUUAACUGCCGAAUUAGAGAAGAUGACUACCAUCCAAAGUGACCAUAUCGCUAAGGUCGGAACCUUGACACGUCAGUUAGAAGAGAAAGACUCCAAACUUCGACGAUUACAAUCAGAAAGACACCGACAAUUGGAAGAAGUUUAUGAAAUGAAACAAGAAGCCAUCCAAGCCGCCAUUAGUGAAAAAGAUGCAAAUAUUGCCUUAUUAGAGAUGACCAGUUCCAAGAAACAACGGAACACAGAAGAUAUUUCUCGGUUGGAGAAAGAGAAAGAGAAAUUAGCUUUACAACUUAAGGAACUUAGUGAAACACGGAUGCGGUUAAUACAAAAGAAAAAUGACCAUUCAAGUGGAAGUCAGAAGUCUUUAGUACAUCGGAUGAAAGGUGCCACAGAUGAACAGGUAAUAAGAGCAGUUCGGAAAAUCGAACACAGCAAGAAACGCCUACGUACGUUGAUCGAUCAGUUACUGGCUGCUGUUCUGGAUACAGAUCCUCAGUUGCUCGAAGGACUUCCGAGGAUCCAGCAAGGACCAAGUGUAAGUGUCGCCACCUUGCGGACACUGAGCAGUGAAGAGAUCCGCCUCGAGCUGCACAAGAGUGACCGUGAUUGCCAGAAAUUGCAGGAUUAUGCCAAUAUCCUUUUACAGAGGGUCGGUGCUUCAUGUCCAGAACUCCUCGAUAAUUUUGUCUCAAUGAUGGAAUCCUCUGACACAGAAAGUUGCCAAAGCACGUGA